GCUGCUGGCAGAUGAUGCGCUCCCUUGGUGUCAAUGCCUUCUUACUCUGUGCUUGACAUAUUUGGCCUGCAACAAUGACUGAGGUGAUUGUGCUUCUGUCAUCAUCACCCCCCAAAAGCCCCCGAGCCACGAGGGCUGCUCCUGUAGCGUUUGGCGCGAAGACAUGGCUCGACGACGAGAUUGAUUUCGAGAUCGACAAAUUUGAUGUGACUGGUUCGAUUGAUUUCGAGAUCGAUAGGCCUUAUAAGAGACGCCGAAGCCCCGUUGUGGGUUUGCCUUCAAAAUCUACACGAGCCAAUAUUGCCCCCGAACGACGCUCACCGGUGCCCUUUGAGAUUCUCUCCAGUGACGGGCUGCAGGAAGAGCCCAGACUCAAUGUUGGUGCGCCUGCUUUCUCACGCUCCUCGGAACGGAGGAAGGCCGAAUUUUUCGAUGAAAUUACCUUUUCAUCGUCCGCCCCAGAGCCAUUGACCACGGAGAAAAGGAAGAAUGUGGGCUUGUCCUGGACCUUGCCAUCUGACGGGUCAGAAGACCAUCUUAUCGACGACCCAUUGAGUCUCUCGCAGCGAAUGAAAAUGGGCUACGACCACAGGACGACGAAUCUUCUGGCCACCCUCAACCCAGAAUCCGCCGAAGAAAAGUGUAUUGGAUCUAAACCCUCCAAAGCUAAAUCAACGCAGAACUUGGCAAGCGUGAGGGUAGCACCUAAAAUCUUCGAUGACAUUGAAUUCUCGUCCAGUCCUAUGAACGUCAAAAGCACAAAACCUCCCAGAUCACCUCAAGCCGAGAAGGCAGGCAGGACCAACGAGAGGGCACCAGAGAAGACCGCCGGGAUAGCAGAGCGACAGGCUCUAAAAGAGGCCGAGAAAGAGAAGAAGAAGUUGGAGAGGGAACAGAAGGCGAAGGAGAAGCAGAAGGCGGCGGACCUUGCGGAGGUCAACAAAUCACGGACUAACAAGAAAGACGCAACCCCAGAAAUGAUCUUGGAUAUGUCGAGCUUUCUCAAGCAUACAAGCGUCGGCAAUCAAGUCGAAGAGCGUAUGAAGAAUGUCCAGGUCGACGUAAACUAUGUCGACGAGCAGGUCAACUUGGUUGACGACGACGGUGAACAAGUGCAACACGGAAGCAUUAUCACCUGGCGCCGUAAGGUGAAGUCAACGUACAACGACGAGGACGAUCUGUGGGAGCCCACGUCCAGAUGUCGUAUCGUGAAUGAAAACCACGUUUUGAUCCAUUUACCCGCCGCAGACUUUGUUGCCAUUGCGGCCGUGUCGAGGUCAGGAUUGGUGUCCAGCGUGGUGCGGGAGGAGCAAGAGCUCAAAGCGAACUUGGACGCACAUGUUUCGUCGAUCCGCCGGCGUUUUGGCAAUUGCGUUCCAAUCUAUCUUAUCGAAGGACUCCGGGGUUGGCUCCGGAAGAGCGAGAAUGCGAAGAACCGAGCAUACACGGCUGCUGUCCGAGCUCAGAUGUUGGAGGCCGAUGGUGCAAACUCAGCGAACACCGAUCCUCCAUCCCAGGCUAGAGGCCGAAAGAGGAAAAAGCCUGCAACCGAGUCACUAGACUUGUCUGGCGUGACGUCUGACAUCGUCGACGACCUGCUUCUCCAUCUUCAACUGGCUCAUCAACCAAUACUGAUCCAUCACACAUCGACGCCAGGGGACUCGGUGUCUCAGAUAUGUGCACUGACGCAGCAUCUUUCCACCCGGCCAUAUCGCUUGGCGCAGCUUGAGUACAACCUCAAAUCUGCGUCGUUCUGCAUGGACAGUGGGCAAGUCCGGACAGGUGACGACCCCAAAGACACAUUUGUCAAAAUGCUGCAAGAGGUGCAGAGAGUGACUCCCAGCAUGGCCUACGGCAUCGUCGAAGAAUACAAGAGCAUUCGAAAGCUGGUGAAAGGGUUCGAUAAGCAUGGCAACCUGUUGCUGGAACAUGUUCGCAAGACGGUGAACAAAGACGGUGGAUGGAGUGACAAGAGAUUAGGUCCGCAGAUCAGCAAGCGAUUGUACAAAGUGUUUAUGGGCAGGGACCCUACGUCGACGGAUGGGAUGUCAUGAAAUUAUUGCCGAAAGCCGUAUUUGGGUAUAACAGAUACGGACGGCAAGACCAUUAUGGAUAGACGCAUACUUCAGCAUUGGCUAUUCAUACAAGGGACGAGCGGGAGUGAUGAGGAAACAGAAAUGCUGGACCGAUGAAUCAGGCAGAGACAGCCCAAAAAUCAAACAUCAUGCUCAGUCGAGUACGGAAUACAUACCCUUUGUGCCUCGAACUGCGACUUCCUGCAUGAUGCCUUUCCUCGUCCGUCGCCGGGUCGAACAAUGAAG